GGGCUCGUCAACAGUCACAUGGUAUGAAACCAAACUAGAGAUUCACAAGAUAAGGUUUAGAAGUGUACAGCUAGCUAACCGGCAUGCCAUGGGUGGUUUGCCAGUUGCCCUGCUCCUCCUGCUAGUGUGCAAGCUGUCUGCUGGGACAAGAGUCAGUGGUGUUACAAAACAUUCUCCUUUGCCUACAGAUGACAGGAACAACAAUGCCCCCCUGUACUAUUUAGCCAAGUUUGGAGUUGCUUCUGGUCAAAAUUUGUAUGUAUUUGGGUCCGUUAAAACGGAAGAUCUCUUUGUCACGAUACGAUCUGGAUUGUUGUUAGUGCUUGUACCUCAGGAUGUUUCUGACAGUCUCGUAGCUAAGCAUGGCGUAAUGUCGUGCAACGCAGUGUUUGAGUCGGUUCUCAACGAGAGUAUUUCAGUGGACGACCAUACCUGCCCCAGUGGAAUGAAGGACUACAUCAGAAGGCUUCCAUGCAACAAUCAAGACCCAUUAUCUUGUAACCAACCCAACUCCAUUCGUGUAGUUCCUGGAAAUGACUUCACUUUUCGCGUAAAAGAAUCUCCAAAAACUGAAUUUUACUAUCUCUUCAUGUUGGCUUGUGAUCGCAACUACUCAUCCAGCUGUAAAUGGAGUGAAACGGAAAAUAGUACUCUCUGGUACGAUAUAAGUCUUGUCAACUCAGAUCCGGAAAACAACACCCACUUGAAUCCAUUCGUCUACCAAUUUUCGCUUGAGCUGGAGGGAGUACUACUCAUGCAGUUAUUGUUCUCCGUUGUAUACCUGGCCCUGCUCUCCAUACAUCUCGCAAUGCACUUUGGACUCUGCGGGAAAUGGUGCAAAACGUCCGCGAUAGGUUUUCGAAGGAUGCAUCUAUUACCAGCUAUAUUCACUGCAUCUCUGGUGCUGGAGUUCCUUCAUGUGAUAUUUGAACUGAUCCAUUAUGCUGUGUUCGCUGGUGAUGGGUUUGGAGCGGUAUGGUGCUUGUUCUUGGGAGAGGUGUUCAACCAGUUUUCCGAUUGGCUGCUGAUUCUUGUGCUAUUGCUCAUCGGUAAGGGCUGGAUGGUGACAGACAGUGCUCUACGCUGGAAGAAACUCACGUUUGGAGUAUGGGGAGCGUAUGUGGUCUUCUUCUCUGUGUACUUCAUUUGGGCUGUUGUUCAGAAUCAAGUGUUUCCCCUGUCUAUUUGGACUAACCACACCUUCCAGAGCUGGCCGGGGGCUCUCUACCUUGCCUAUAGACUUGCACUCCUGGCCUACAUUCUCUAUGAAAUGAGACAGAUUUAUCUCGUUGAAAAUCGACCUGAGAAGUUGAAGCUCUAUUUCUCUUUAUCGUUUAUGUAUAUCAUAUGGUUUUGUUAUCUUCCUUUAGUGGUCUUCAUAAUCGCAUUUAUCAAUCCCCUUUAUAAGCAUCGUGUAGUUACUGCAUUUUUGCUGGUAUUUGAUUUAUUAGCUAACGUAGGUGCCAUGGUUUUGUUCGCCCCUCGAUGGGCUAAACUUAUAUUUCAGUUUGAUAGUCACUUGAACACUGUACAAGAUCGUGGCUACUACAAGGGACUUAAGAAUUUCUAUUAUGGUAGCUCAGACAGCACUUCCAGUGCUACUAAUGUCAUCUGAUUUGUGCUCUGUGUCCGUUUAAUUGUUUUUGUUUUUGUUGUCUAUUGA